AUGAGCAUUCAGACAGUCAAAAGAGUUCAGUGGAAAAAGUAUACGUUUGCUUUUCUUGGGCAUACAGAUAUCCAGGCUUGUUCUCUUCCACCAGAUGAACACAAUGAUGUACAGAAGAAGACCUUUACAAAAUGGAUAAAUGCUCGCUUUUCCAAGAGUCGGAAGCCACCAAUUAAGGAUAUGUUCACAGAGCUCAAGGAUGGAAGGAAGCUCUUGGAUCUUCUAGAAGGGCUCACAGGAAAUCCAUUGCCCAAAGAACGUGGUUCUACAAGAGUACAUGCCCUAAAUAAUGUCAACAGAGUACUGCAAGUUUUACAUCAGAACAGCGUGGAAUUGGUGAAUAUAGGAGGGACUGACAUUGUUGAUGGAAAUCACAAACUGACGCUGGGAUUACUGUGGAGUAUCAUCUUGCACUGGCAGGUGAAAGAUGUCAUGAAGGACAUAAUGUCAAACUUGCAGCAGACAAACAGUGAGAAAAUCCUACUGAGCUGGGUUCGGCAAUCCACAAGGCCUUACAGUCAGGUCAAUGUUCUGAACUUUACCACAAGCUGGACCGAUGGGCUUGCCUUUAAUGCUGUGAUCCACAGACACAAACCUGAGCUCUUCAGUUGGGAUAAAGUUACGAAGUUGACCCCAACUGAGAGACUAGAACAUGCUUUCACCAUAGCCAAAAACCACCUGGGAAUAGAAAAAUUGUUAGAUCCUGAAGAUGUUGCUGUACAGCUGCCUGACAAGAAAUCUAUCAUCAUGUAUUUGACCUCUUUGUUUGAAGUCCUUCCUCAACAAGUCACCAUGGAAGACAUCCGCGAGGUGGAGACUCUUCCAAGGAGAUACAAAAAGGAAUGUGAAGAAGGAGCGUUUAAUGUACAACAAAGUGCAACACCUGAAGAGGAGCAUGAAGGUUCUAGAGCAGAAACCCCUAGCACUGUGACUGAGGUGGAUAUGGAUUUGGACAGCUACCAAGAAGCUCUGGAAGAGGUCCUCACGUGGUUGCUUUCAGCUGAAGAUACAUAUCAGCAGGAUAACAUAUCUGGUGAUGUUGAAGAAGUCAAGGAGCAGUUUGCUACCCAUGAAGCUUUUAUGAUGGAGCUGACUGCGCACCAGAGUAGUGUGGGUAGUGUACUGCAGGCUGGGAACCAAUUGAUAGCACAGGGCAAUCUAUCAGAGGAAGAGGAGAAUGAGAUCCAGGAACAAAUGAAACUGCUAAACUCUCGAUGGGAAGCUCUCAGAGUGGACAGCAUGGACAGGCAAGCUCGCCUGCAUGAUGUGUUGAUGGAACUGCAGAAGAAGCAAUUGCAGCAGUUGUCUGACUGGCUGACUGUCACAGAAGAGCGCAUUCAAAAGAUGGAAUCUCAGGCCUUAGCUGAAGAUUUAGAGUCACUUCAAAAACAGAUGGAAGUACAUAAAGGGCUGCAGAAUGAUCUUGAGAUAGAGCAGGUUAAGGUAAACUCACUGACCCACAUGGUGGUGAUUGUCGAUGAAAACAGUGGUGAGAGUGCCACAGCUGUACUGGAGGAACAACUGCAGAGACUUGGUGAGCGUUGGACAGCAGUUUGUCAUUGGACUGAGGAACGUUGGAUGAAGCUGCAAGACAUUCAGAUACUGUGGCAGGAGCUGGUGGAAGAGCAGUGCUUGUUGAAAGCUUGGUUAACUGACAAAGAGGAGGCUUUAAAUAAAGUCCAAACAAGGAACUUCAAAGAUCAAACAGAGCUGAGUGUGAAUGUUCGAAAACUGGCUAUUUUGAAGGAAGAUAUGGGAAUGAAGCGUCAAAUGCUAGAUCAGUUAAGUGAGGUUGGUCAGGAUGUGGCACAGCUCCUUGGGAAUAAAAGGGCUUCAAAGAAAAUUGACAGUGAUCUGGAGGAACUAACUCAGAGGUGGGACAGCUUAGUUCAGAAGCUUGAGGACUUCUCUAAUCAGGUAACACAGUCUGUGGGAAAUAUAGGAGUGUCCCAAGUUUCACAGAAGACAGAUACAGAAAUGAUUUCUGUAAAGGAGCAGAUAACGGUAAAACAAUCCAGACAGGAACUACCCCCACCUCCACCACCAAAGAAAAGGCAGAUACCUGUGGAUAUUGCAGCCAAAAAAAGGUUUGAUGCUGAAAAUGCUGAGCUGUUGAACUGGAUUUUGAAAUCAAAAGCUGCCAUUCAGGCCAUAGAAAUCAAAGAAUACAAGAAGAUGAGAGAGACUGCAAACAUGAAAGAAAAGUUGAAGGCCCUAGAAAAUGAAAUGGCGGAGAAAAGCCAGAGGUUAGAUGAUCUGAGCCAAAGUGGACAGAAUCUGUUGGAUCAAAUGGGAAAAGAGGGACUUUUUACUGAGGAUGUGAAAAAUGCCCUGGAGAAGAUAUUGACAGAGUGGAAAGAGGUGAUCAGGCACCUGGAAGAACUGGCAAGAAAGAUACAAUACCAGGAUGAAAUAAACACAUAUUUAAGAGAAAUGGGUGAACUUGAGAAGAUUGUAAAUGAGAAGGAGGUGUGGCUAAAAAAUGUCACUUCAGCAUUGCAACAGCCACCUUUAACAGCCCUAAAAGAGUCAUGUCAGCGGGAGCUCACUCAUCUGUUAAGUCUGUGCCCUCAAAUUGAACAUCAGACUGCUACCUGUAAGGUGCUCACAUCCCAAUCUGCUGCUCCAAAUUUCAUCCAAGACAUCUUGAGCAGUAUUACUGAUCGCUUCAGAUUUGUCCGACACAAAUUGGAAGAACGACAUCAGCAGCUGAAGAAAGAGCUAGAAUGCCAGCCUAGCCAGGAUUACUUGGACACUUUGAAGAGACUGAAGGAUACAUUGAAUGAAUUGGAGAGUAAAGUACAAUCCAUCAUGAGUGCUGUGAGUGACCCGAGUAAGGUUGAGAGAGCCUUGCAGCAGACAAAGACUGUUUGUGAAACAAUAGAAGACCAGAAACCUACACUAGAUAAACUUGCAGCAGAAACAAAAGCUUUGGAAAAACAUGCUUCCUCUGAUAUAGCAAAGAUCUACAAGCAAGAGUUCAAGCGUAUACAGGAGCAAUGGGACAAGUUUUCUAAAGAUGUUCACCUACUGGAGGAAAUUGUCUCUAAACUGAGGCUAUUUGAGGCGGAUUCAAAAAUCAUUCAGAAGUGGAUGGAUGGUGUGAAGGACUUCUUAAUGAAAGAACAGGCUAUCCAAGGAGAUUCUGAAGGGCUUCAAAGACAGCUUGACCAAUGCACAAUGUUUGUUAAUGAAAUGGAAAAGACUGAGCUGUCUUUGAAAGAGAUGAAAGAAGUAGAGUCCACUUUAAGAAGCCAGCCUGUUGUAGGAGUUGAUACCUGGAUAAAAUCUAGGCUAUUAGACUGCCAGGCACAAUGGGAGAAACUGAGCAAACAGAUUGUUAGUCAGAAAAAUCGGUUGUCUGAAAGUCAGGAAAAAACUGUAAACUUGAAGAAGGAUUUGGCAGAGAUGCAAGAAUGGAUGACGCAGGCUGAAGAGGAGUACUUGGAGAGAGAUUUUGAGUACAAAUCUCCAGAAGAACUAGAGAAUGCUGUAGAGGAAAUGAAGAGAGCGAAAGAGGAUGUGUUGCAGAAAGAAGUGCGCGUGAAGAUUUUGAAAGACAAUAUCAAGGUGUUAGCUGCAAAAGUGCCAUCUGGUGGUCAGCACUUGACAUCCGAACUUAACAUUGUGUUAGAGAACUACCAACUACUGUGUAAUCGGAUCCGGGGGAAAUGCCACACUUUAGAGGAGGUAUGGUCCUGUUGGGUUGAGCUGCUUCAGUAUCUGGACCUAGAAACCGCUUGGCUAAACUCUUUGGAGGAAAGGGUACAAAGCACAGAAAAUCUGCCUGAUAAAUUGAAUUCUGUCAAUGAAGCUCUUGAGUCCCUGGAAUCUGUCCUGCGUCAUCCAGCUGAUAAUCGAACCCAGAUUCGGGAGCUUGGUCAGACGUUGAUUGAUGGAGGGAUUCUUGAUGACAUCAUCAGUGAAAAAUUGGAGGCUUUCAAUGCCCGCUAUGAAGAAUUGAGUCACUUGGCAGUGAGCAGGCAGAUUGCCUUGGAACAGCAGCUUCAGGCCAUGCGGGAAAAUGACCACAUGCUGCAGGUCUUGCAGGAAAACUUAGCAGAGCUGGAUAGACAGUUGGCCUCAUACUUGACUGAUAGAAUAGAUGCCUUCCAGAUGCCACAGGAGGCCCAGAAAAUUCAAGCAGAAAUCACAGUUCAUGAAUCCACCUUGGAGGAGCUCAAGAAAAAUGCACGGUCACUGCCCGCAGCUUCCGCUGAAUGCAGGUCCCCUCGUGGUGGAACUCAGCUGGAUGCCCUGCAGAGGAAACUCCGGGAGGUAUCCACAAAGUAUCAACUUUUCCAGAAACCAGCCAAUUUUGAGCAGCGCAUGUUGGACUGUAAGCGGGUACUGGAUAGUGUAAAGGCAGAACUCCAUGUUUUGGAUGUGAAGGAUACUGACCCCGAUGUAAUCCAGGGUCACUUGGACAAGUGUAUGAAACUGUAUAAAACUCUAAGUGAAGUGAAGCUUGAGGUGGAGACUGUAAUCAAGACAGGAAGGCAAAUUGUACAGAAACAGCAAACAGACAAUCCCAAAGGAAUGGAUGAACAUCUCACAGCGCUAAAAUUUCUUUAUAAUGAUCUGGGUGCACAGGUGACUGAAGGGAAACAAGACCUGGAACAUGCAUUGCAGCUGGCAUGCAAAAUGAAGAAAGAAACUGCCUCUUUGUCAGAAUGGCUAGCCCUUACAGAGACUGAAUUAGUACAGAAGUCUACUUCAGAGAGUUCGCUUGCUGAUCUGGAUACAGAAAUUGGCUGGGCUAAAAAUGUACUGAGAGAGCUGGAAAGAAGGAAAGCUGAUCUGAACACCAUCACAGAGAGCAGUGCAGCUCUCCAGGCCUUGGUGGAAGGCAGUGAGGUUUCCCUGGAGGAGAAGCUCUGUGUUCUUAAUGCAGGCUGGAGUCGAGUUCGGACCUGGACUGAAGACUGGUGCAACACCUUGUUGAAUCAUCAGAGCCAGCUGGAGAUCUUUGAUGAGAAUGUUGCCCACAUAAGUACUUGGCUCUAUCAAGCUGAGGCCCUGCUGGAUGAGACUGAGAAAAAGCCGGCGAGCAAAAAGGAAGAAACAGUGAAGCGUUUGACAUCAGAAUUAGAUAGUGUGAGUCUCCGAGUGGAUAACGUGCGGGACCAAGCCGUUAUCUUAAUGAACAGUCGUGGCGUGUCAUGCCGUGAACUCGUCGAACCGAAGCUGUCUGAACUGAACCGGAACUUUGAGAAGGUAUCACAGCACAUCAAAAGUGCUAAGAUACUUGUUGGUCAGGAGCCCUUGCCUUAUAAAUUUCCUGUUGAGCCAGAACCCCAGGAACCUGAAGUGGCUUCUGCAGAUCUCGACAAAUUUGAGAGUGAUUUACAAAAUAUGUUAAAAGUUGUGGAAAAGCACAUGGAAUCAAGUGAUGAAGAUGAAAAGAUGGAUGAAGAGAGAGCCCAGAUUGAGGAGGUUUUACAGAGUGGAGAGCAAUUGUUACAGCGGCCCAUGGAGGACAACAAGAGGGAGAAGAUCCGCUUGCAGCUGUUGCUUCUGCAGACAAGGCACAACAAUGUAAAGGAACUGAAGUCUUUUCAAAGGAGGCAGGUGAUGGAGCUCUCCCCUGCUUUUUCACAAUAUAAGAGAGAACAGGACAGUCUAUUGAACUGGCUGAACGAGACAGAGCGCCGUCUGUCAGGACUGCAUGGAGAGGAAGAUGAACAAAAACUACAGGAACUGCUUCAGGAGCUUGAACAGCACCGUGAGGAAUUCACUGCUUUGCAGAAGAAGAGCAGCAACCUGUCCCAAUAUGGUCCAGUUGGGGAAGCAGAGCACACCAAUGUGUGUCAGCGCUGGCAACAAGUUGAAACCCAGUUUGCUGCAUGUCAACAGAUGCAGUUCAAACCCCAGGCAAUCCCACUCCUGAGGUUAAAAGGAAACUAUCCAUCAGGAAUUAGGGCCUCUCCCUUCCCUACUGAAUACCUUGUUGAAAUUAACAGAGUUUUGCUGGCCAUGGCUGAUGUUGAACUGUUGCUGAAUGCACCAGAGCUGAAUACUGGUGUCUAUGAGGACUUCUCUACGCAGGAAGAUUCAUUGAAGAAUAUAAAAGAUGUUUUGGACAAACUUGGGGACCAGAUUGCAGUCAUUCAUGAGAAACAACCUGAUGUUAUACUGGAAGCAUCUGGACUUGAAGCAAUUCAAAUAGGAGAUGCACUAACACAGCUGAAUGCAGAGUGGGACAGAAUUAAUAGGAUGUACAAUGAUCAGAAGUGUUGUUUUGACAGAGCAGUUGAAGACUGGAGGCAGUUCCACUGCGAUCUCAAUGACCUCACACAGUGGAUAACAGAAGCUGAAGGGUUAUUGGCGGAUGCCCACGCUCCAGAUGGUAGCCUGGAUUUGGAGACCGCUGGGAUGCAUCAGCAGGAACUUGAAGAAGGAGUCAGCAGUCAUCAGACCAGCUUUUCAACACUGAACAGAACUGGGGAAGGAAUCAUACAGAAACUCUCCACUACAGAUGGGAGCUUCCUGCAGGAAAAACUGGCGGGGUUAAAUAAACGCUGGAAAGCAAUUACUGCUGAGAUCAUGGAUAGACAACAGAGACUGAAAGGAGAGAAUCAGCAGCUAAUGGACUACAGGAAGAAGCUGGAUGAGUUUAGUUGCUGGUUGGAAAAUGUAGAAAAUUCCCUGGAAAUGAGACCUACAUUCAACCAUGAAGAAAACCUGCGAGAAUUAAAGGGCUUAACUGAGGAAAUGGAAGUACAAGGAGAAAAAUGGAAAUGGUUGAACAGAACUGAAUCUGAGGUACUUUCAGAUAAAAUCGUUGGUUUUCAGGAAAAAGAGAGAAUUUCUGACACCUUAAGGACUAUCAAUAUGAAGUGGAACAAGUUGUUCAAAGAGGUACCUGACAGAGUGAGAGAACUCGAGGCAUAUGUUCAGCAGCUCCAUCUUGUGACACAGGCAAAGCCUUCUGCGUAUCCUGCUGUCCAAAACGUGGUGUUAGUAUCAUCUCCCUUUGAAGCUCCUGUACAGACUCAGCAGGCUUUGGAACUUUCUGCACCUGCUGAUCUGGAUAAAACUACAACUGAACUGGCUGAUUGGCUGGUGUUGAUUGACCAGAUGCUCAAGUCAAACAUAGUCACUGUGGGAAAUGCAGAAGAGAUCAAUCGGACAAUUGCACGAAUGAAAAUAACAAAGGAGGAUUUAGAACAGCGCCAUCCUCAGCUGGAUUCUGUUUUUACUUUGGCUCAAAAUUUGAAAAAUAAAACUUCCAGUUCAGAUGUUAGGACAGUGAUCACAGAAAAAUUAGAGAAGGUCAAGAACCAGUGGGACAAUACUCAGCAUGGUGUGGAAGUACGGCAGCAGCAGCUAAAAUACAUGCUUUCUGACAGCAUGCAGUGGGAUCAGCAGAGGCAAGAAAUGGAACAGCUUAUAGGGCAGUAUGAUAUCCGUCUGCACAUGCUUCUGCAGGCUCCUAAAGAGACACUUAUCAAACAGAUUUCUGAAAACAAACUGCUAAUACAAGAACUGCUUAAAGGGGACAUAACUGUGGCUGCAUUCAAUAACCUCUCUAAUAAACUUCUUCUGGACUACAGUGAUGAUGACACAAGGAAGGUGAAAGAAAUCACUGACCACUUAAACACAUCUUGGAUAAACCUGAAUCAAAGAGCUGGUGAUAGGCAGAACGCCUUGGAGGUUGAACUGAAGAUAGUGCAAGCCUUACUCAAGGAUCUAGAGGGCUUCCUCAAAUGGAUGCAAGAGGCAGAAACUACAGUUAAUGUCCUUGCAGAUGCAUCCCAGCGGGAGAAUGCUCUGGAGGACAGUGCCUGUAUUGGGGAACUGAAAAAACAGAUGCAGGACAUCCAGGCUGAGAUUGAUGCCCACAAUGACAUCUUCAAGAGCAUUGAUGGAAACAGACAGAAAAUGGUAAAAGCCUUGGGAAACUCUGAGGAAGCGGCACUGCUUCAGCACCGACUUGAUGACAUGAACCAGCGCUGGAAUGACCUGAAAGCAAAGUCAGCUGGCAUCAGGGCCCACUUGGAGGCAAGUGCAGAAAAAUGGAGCAGACUGCUGACAUCACUGGAGGAGCUAAUCAAAUGGCUGAAUGUGAAAGAUGAAGAGCUGAAAAAGCGGAUGCCCAUUGGAGGGGAUGUUCCAACUUUACAGCAACAGUAUGACCACUGUAAAGCACUGAGGCGUGAACUGAAGGAUAAAGAGCAAACCAUUCUGAAUGCCGUAGACCAGGCACGAGUUUUCCUUGCCGACCAACCAAUUGAGGGCCCUGAAGAACCAAGAAAAAACCUGCACUCGAAAACGGAGUUGACCCCAGAGGAGAAAGCACAGAGAAUUGCCAAAGCUAUGCGCAAGCAGUCUUCAGAGGUGAAAGAGAAAUGGGAGAGCCUGAAUGCCAGUGCCAACCACUGGCAGAAGCAAGUAGACAAAGCGUUAGAGAAACUGAAAGACUUGCAGUGUGCCAUGGACGACCUUGAUGCUGACUUGAAAGAGGCUGAGAAUGUGCGAAAUGGCUGGAAACCAGUAGGAGAUUUACUGAUUGACUCAUUGCAGGAACACAUUGAGAAAACUACAGCUUUCAGAGAAGAGAUUGCACCAAUCAACUUGAAAGUUAAAACAGUGAAUGAUUUAUCUAGUCAGCUGUCUCCACUUGACCUUCAUCCAUCUUUAAAGAUGUCUCGCCAGCUGGAUGACCUUAAUAUGCGCUGGAAACUUUUACAGGUAUCUGUAGAGGAUCGCCUUAAACUGCUACAGGAAGCACACCAGGAUUUUGGCCCUGAAUCUCAACAUUUUCUCUCCACUUCAGUUCAGCUUCCGUGGCAGCGAUCUGUUUCACAUAACAAAGUGCCCUAUUACAUCAAUCACCAGACACAAACAACCUGUUGGGAUCAUCCUAAAAUGUCUGAACUCUUCCAGUCCCUAGCUGACUUGAACAACGUACGUUUCUCUGCAUACCGUACAGCCAUCAAAAUCCGAAGAUUGCAAAAAGCAUUAUGCUUGGACCUGUUGGAUUUGAACAGAACAAAUGAAGUUUUCAAAGAGCACAAGUUGAGCCAAAAUGACCAGCUCCUCGGUGUCCAGGAUGUGAUCAGUUGUCUCACUACUACUUACACUGGACUUGAAGAGAAGCACAAGGACAUGGUGAAUGUUCCUCUCUGUGUAGAUAUGUGUCUCAACUGGCUGCUCAACGUAUAUGAUACGGGUCGGACUGGAAAAAUCAGAGUGCAGUCCCUGAAGAUUGGGUUGAUGUCUCUUUCCAAGGGUCUUCUAGAAGAAAAGUACAGAUAUCUCUUUAAGGAAGUGGCAGGGCCUACAGAAAUGUGUGACCAGAGGCAGCUUGGCCUUCUGCUUCAUGAUGCCAUCCAGAUCCCUCGGCAGUUUGGAGAAGUAGCAGCUUUUGGUGGCAGUAAUAUUGAACCCAGUGUCCGUAGUUGCUUCCAGCAGAAUCACAAUAAGCCGGAAAUUAGCGUAAAUCAGUUUAUAGACUGGAUGCGUUUGGAGCCGCAGUCUAUGGUAUGGCUACCAGUUCUGCACCGAGUGGCAGCUGCAGAAACAGCAAAACACCAGGCCAAGUGCAACAUCUGCAAGGAAUGUCCAAUUGUUGGCUUUAGGUACCGGAGCCUGAAACAUUUCAACUAUGAUGUCUGCCAGAGCUGUUUCUUUUCUGGCCGUACAGCUAAGGGCCAUAAAUUAAAUUACCCAAUGGUGGAGUAUUGUAUACCUACAACAUCUGGAGAAGAUGUACGCGACUUCACUAAGGUGCUGAAGAACAAGUUCCGGUCAAAGAAGUAUUUUGCUAAGCACCCACGACUUGGCUACCUUCCUGUGCAAACAGUUCUUGAAGGCGAUAACUUGGAGGCUCCUAUCACACUCAUCAGUAUGUGGCCAGAGCAAUAUGAUCCCUCCCAGUCUCCACAGCUAUUUCAUGAUGACACACACUCCAGGAUAGAGCAGUAUGCCACCAGGCUGGCUCAAAUGGAAAGGACCAAUGGCUCCUUGUUGACGGACAGCAGCUCCACCACAGGAAGUGUAGAGGAUGAACAUGCCCUCAUCCAGCAGUACUGUCAAACUCUGGGAGGAGAAUCACCUGUGAGUCAACCGCAGAGUCCUGCACAAAUCCUGAAGUCAGUGGAAAAGGAAGAACGGGGAGAGUUGGAGCGCAUCAUUGCCGACCUCGAGGAAGAGCAAAGGAGCCUCCAGGUGGAAUAUGAGCAGCUAAAGGAACAGCAUCUUCGGAGAGGAAUAAACCCUCUUGCCUCCCCUCCAGACUCCAUUGUGUCUCCCCAGCACACUUCUGAAGAUGCUGAGCUCAUUGCUGAGGCCAAACUCCUAAGGCAGCACAAAGGUCGUUUGGAGGCCAGAAUGCAAAUAUUGGAAGAUCACAAUAAACAGCUGGAGUCUCAGCUUCACCGGCUCCGACAGCUGCUUGAGCAGCCUGAAUCGGAUUCCAGAGUUAAUGGAGUCUCUUCCUGUGCUUCACCCCAGUAUUCUGCUCACAGCUACUCACUUGAUCAGGACGCCAGCUCACAGUUUCAUCAGACAGAUGACUUGUUAGGCCCACCUCAUGAUACCAGCACAGAUCUAACAGAUGUCAUGGAACAAAUCAACAACACAUUUCCUACUUGCUGCUCAAGUCUCGCUGGCAGACCGCAGGUAUGGUACAUGUUGCAUGGUGCAGUCUUUCAGUAG